CUGGGUUCUAGAUAGAUUUACUGUUGUUGAACAAGUAAAAAGAGACAAUGCAGAAGAUCCACCAUUGCCAGCUCCAACAAGAUUAAACACAGUAUCUUUAGCGAAUUUGGACCAAGAGCCACGGCAUAUGGAGUUUGACAUACUUGCUGUUGUUGUGAGUUGUGGUGCAAUAAAGAUUGCUGGCGUCCAUGGAAACAAAUGCCGACAAAUCAUUGUCAUGGAUACAAAUAUGCACCAUUGUAUUUUUACCUUGUGGGAGGACUUUGCUGAGAUUGAUGGAAGCCACUUAGCUGCACAAAUUGAAGAACAUCCAGUAAUCCUAGCAAAACGAAUUGCACGAUCUUCAUAUGCUGGAACAUCCUUGACAACAAGAUACAAUUCUGUAAUAUUGAUAAAUCCCUCUUAUCCACAGGCUACAGAAUUGAUGAACUGGGCAAAGGAGAAUGACGAAACGUUGAGCACAUAUACGCAAAGAAGUUCUCCAGAAACAACUUCAUCGCCAGUUCUUACAUCACUAAAUGAUGAGGCUAUACCUAUAGGAAAUAUCCAAGCACAGCCAAUGAUGCAAUCUUUUCACGUUGAAGGUAAAAUAUCAUUGCUGGAUGAUGAGCAGCUGUUUUAUGAGUUGAUGUGUUCAAAAUGCAAGCACUUUGUUAGGACCAAAAUAAUGAAAGCUAUUGACUGUGUAAACUGUGAUCAACAAACAAUGUUAACACCUAGGUGUCGCUUUCAAGUCCAAAUUGCAGAUGAAAGUGGAUCGACAAUUGCAACAUUAGUAGGUGAACCUGGAGAGAAUCUUCUAUCAAUGAAAGCUGAACAAAUCUAUGAAACAAUUAACGUGAAGAAUGAAUCACUCCCCCUUCCAGAUAUUCAACAAGAUCUUGCUGACAAAGUGUUUAAAGUACAACUGAAGAAAUCUGUUUCUAGGAAUUCUAACGAAGCACCAUUAAAACUGUUCAUUUUGUCAUUUGCUGAGAAGCAGGAUCCUCUCCAAUUGCCAGCAGUAUCAACUUCUACAAAUACUGGAGAAAGCAGUAAGAGAGAACUCGACAAGGUAGCAUCAGAAGAAGAACAAAAAAAGAUAAUCAUUGGAAGUACCUCAUCUAGCAAAAGAAAACAAACUGAGCAAACAACUCCAAUCAAAAAAACUGCAUCUUCUACCAAAAGGGAGGGUAUCGAACCAGUCACUCCAACUAAGAAGAAGUAAAGGUCAGUAAACAAAAGUUGAGUUCUUUCAUUUGCUCAUUUCUGCAUAUGAAUAACACCAAACUAAAUUUCCAGUAAAAACAACUAAUAAUCCCUUAAGCUAAAAGUAAAACAAAUACUA